AUGUUCACUGAUAAGCGGAAACAAUCCGCUGCUGGGUUCGCCGAUGAUGGGCCUAGUAUGAAGAGGAACGGUAACCCUUUGGGCUACAAUUCUCGCACUCCUUGGCUUCAUGAUUCCUCAUUCUCUGCAAGCCGGCGGUCGGUAGGGAAUCGCGCACACGCGGCUUCUUUACCACUGGCUAAUAUGGUGUCGACCGUGCAAGAUCUACUCGAUCCGGAUUUUGACCCAGUGAUUGCGAUACUGGACGAAGAGCCGCGUUUUUUGAAGCCAUUGCCCACCCGGAUAUCACCGGAGGACUUGGAGUUCCUGCGCUUUCGAGGGGCGCUCACAAUCCCCGAGAGCGGGCUACGGACUGAGCUAUUACGCUGCUAUAUUAAAUGGGUUCAUAGCUUCUUGCCGGUGUUGAAUCUACAGGAGUUUUUGCGACGUGUUGCUGAGAAUGACCCAGAGGGCGACAUUAGUCUUAUGCUAUUCCAGGCCGUGAUGUUUGUGGCAACAGCCUUUGUUGACUUGAAGCAUCUACAGGCAGCUGGGUACGCAACCCGAAAAGCCGCACGCAAUGCAUUCUAUACAAGAUUAAGGUUACUCUACUCGCUUGAUUGCGAAGAAGAUCGCUUAGUUGUUGUGCAGACCCUCCUUCUCAUGACUUACUGGACCGACCACAUGAAUAACCCGCAGAGAGACAUAUGGGAUUGGAUUGGGAUUUGCAGUACCAAUGCGCAUUCUAUAGGGUUGAACAGAGAUCCGUCUCCUGCCGACCUCGACAUAAGGACAAAACGGCUGAGGGCGCGUUUGUGGUGGUGCUUGUUUGCGCGGGAUCGUCUCAUAGCUAUGGGUUUGAGGCGCCCAACGCAGGUCAACGAAGGAUCAAGUAACCUUCCAAUGCUAACGCUGGAUGACUUUGACCCCGAGCCAUUCCAUCCAGCUGUCAUUGAGCUGUUCCACUGCCGGCAACUGGAGGACGCCUCACAUCGGAAGCGCCUUGCUACUAUGUUCAUUGAGAAAACCAAACUAUGCCAGUGUAUUGGCCGAGUUCUAUUUGCUCAAUACAUUCCCUCCCAAUUUCAAUUCGGCAUGACCAACAGAACAACAAUCACACUUGCACCCCGCCAUGCUUCCGAAUCCGAGUUGGCUCGAUGCAGUCAGCGACUCGACGCAUGGCUUUCUGGUCUGGCCAGAGACGCCCAGUUUAUACCUGCCUCGAAGACCAGUUUCAACGAAGGAGAAGAUGUAUUACUUCUCCACGGUGCUAUGAUACGGAUGCUCUACCAUGCUACUGUUAGUGCGUUGCAUCGGCCCUGGGCAUAUGGACCCGUAAAAGACCAAACAAAGUCUCGCCUUGAGUUGGCAAACGUCGCAAAAACAAAGAUGCAGGAUGCUGCUGUUGGAAUCACUCAGAUUAUCCAGGGUCUCAACCAACUAAACCUUACCCGGUACCUCCCUCAGUCUGGCGUAACUGUCAUCUUACCGGCGGCCGUGGCUCACUUGGCCAACUCCAUGUCAAACGAUCCUACACUUCGUCGAAACAGCAUUUCCAACUUCCAGCGGUGCAUUCAAGUUCUGCAGGGGUUGAAAGAAAUAUAUCCUGCAGCUGAUAUGGAAGUGGCUAAUAUAGAAGCUGCUGUAAAAGCGCAAUCCAGCACAAGUGCGCUUUUGAAAAUCAUGCAGUUCAACGGCUCUCCUCCAGAUCAGCCUCAGGAUCCGCCACGCAAAGCAAGCUUUGGUCCCAAUCCAUCACAUAUACCGUCACCACUGGAAGAUGACAACCCUACGCGCUGGACGCCCCCUAACGACGAGAAGGAGCCUGAAACUGUGCAUCCUAUUCUACAUCAACUUGGUUCCCCACCAGCUCCAUCAGCAGCCUCUCCAAACGGUCCGCGUAAUAACAGCACCGCAGAAGUGACCCCGCCCAAUACUCGACAAAACCAACCCACUCCACCUAACGAUUUCACGGAGCCGGUUAACAACAGCAGCACCACUCCUAAUGCCCGACCUCAGCCUCUCCCAAGCACUGGGCCCUUCUCUUUCUCUGACCUCGAAUUGGACCUGAACACAUACACCGCCAACUUUACCCCUCCCAAUCCUGACCCAUCCAACGACCUCGACAUUGACCUAGACUGGACCAGCGAAUUACUCCGCUGGGCAGACGCCAACCCGGAAUACUACGACACAAACGCGAACGAAGUCAGGGAUAUUUUCUCGUUUCCAACAGGCCCAGGCCACAGUCCGACGACUAGUCUUGGCCAAAAUCAAGCUCAAGGCCAAAGCCAUGGACAGGGGAGUUUAGGCGGUGGAAUCACAGGAGAUCUAGAUCGAGACUUGGGAAUCUCGUUUUCUGGCGAUGAGAUGUUUUAG